CUUCUUCUCCCAUGUAUUAUCUUCAGGAAUAAGAAAUGAAGAGCAAAUGUGCCAGAUAGGGGAGAUUCAAAGAGGCGAGUAAAUAGCUGAUAGCCAGCUUGUUUAUCGUAAAGAAAUAAAAGUAUAUAUAUAUAUAUAUAUAUAUUUUUUAUGACUAGUCCUUUACACUUUAUCCUAUCAUACUUUCUUUUAGUUUAUAUUGUAUUUUAAUUUGGUAUUUUCUUUCGCUUCUGAAACAAAACCAACGACGGUUUGAAUUGCAGUCAAGAUUAUGCUCUCCACUCUAUUCGUUCGUGUAUUCCAAGAAGCCCCUCUCCAAGUAUGAACGCUUAGUUUCUCUCACAUAAGCAUUUAGCUUUUUCUAUCCGUACUUUUGCCGAAGGGGGCGAAACGCUCAUCUCAUACAGAAGCACGCAUUGCCCCUUCGCGUGAUAGAAAACUUAUGCUGUAUGAUUAACACAUGCGGCAAUCGAAAUAACGCCCACACCCAUUGCGACUUCUUUUUUUUGAAUCUCAGACUCAACUUGAAUUAAGUGCUCAUUUAAAAACUUAAUUUAGCACUUUACGUAAUUCGAAUGCACGUCUGCGAAUUUUAGGUGUACUAUGUUGAUGAGCUUCUAUCAACGAUUGCUAAAUUACCAAUCAUGGAAUUCGCUAUCAUUAGAUGCCUUUCGUUCAAUCAUAUUCGCACCUAUCAAUAAUUUAAUCGUGCUUAAUUGCGACGUUUGUUACUUCUAAGAGGAAUUUCUGCAAUGAAAUCCACGGAAGAUUGUGCAAUUAUUUGACUUUUUUCAAAACGAGGUGACGCUUUGAAGUGACCGACAAAAUUUGACAGCAUUUAUGUUACCUUACCCUUUUAAAAGAGUCCCAGGAGGCAACAAUGUUACUGGGAUCACUCAGUGUUGGGGAAUGCCGAUUGCUUGAUUGUUACCUAUCAUGUCAGGCAACAACGAGAUUAUAUACAACUCGAGUUCGGCUCAAAUUCUCUUGAUCCAUCAUCCACUUUCAGCAUUUUGGACUAUCGGGUUAUACAAAUUAAUUGAUUUGUGGAUUAUUCCUGAAAACUUCCUUCAUCUUACUUGAAAAGAUUUAUUAAAUCUUGCAUUUACGGUUUUGCUCUGUAAUAGGCAAGACGUAUCUGUUUAAAAAGAAGUCUGCCAAAGUCCAAGCUUGUAUUCCCCAAUUCAGUUUUUUUUUCGUUGAGUUUUUCUUUGUGGAAGGAAUUUGAUUUCGACUAAUCACUUUGAACCUGUGAAAUACUAAUAAUUAUCGAAUUCUGUUUCUAUUUUGUUUUGUUGCAGGCAAAUAAACUGAUCCUUGGAAUCUUGCCUUCUUUGUAUUGUGAAUGAUUGGGAUUGAUAGAGAUACUUAAAAAAGUUUCUUUUAUUUUAUUCUAUCAUAUCAAUUUUUUACGGAUCCCAAUUAUCAAGUAUCCUUGUAGUGGUAUCUUCUCCAAACAUCCGAUAGCCUCCGAGUUGUUGGAAUUAACGGUUUACGAACAAAAGAAGAAAUAUUACCAUUAAUUCUCUUUAUGGAAAAAGUCAACGAGGAUCUGGUAAAGCUCGAUGAUACAGGCCGUCGUCGAGUGAAUACAAUUUGCUCUACAUUUUCAGACGCCUCUAUACAAGAACGAAAAGUUGCCUUAGAAAAUAUACUAAAUCGCUGCUGUCCUUCUUUGCUAUCCUUUGCUUCCAGUACCCUAGAUACCCUUGUCCGUCUUGACUUCCUUUCAAUUCUCCCUCCUGAAAUCUCUUUCCGUAUUUUAUCCUUUUUAGAUGCUCGCAGCCUAUGUCAGGCUGCUCAGGUUUGUAGGCAAUGGAAGGAGCUUGCUGAUGACGAUAUUAUAUGGCAUCGUAUGUGCGAGCAACAUAUCAAUCGAAAAUGUGAAAAAUGCGGCUGGGGUUUACCUUUGUUAGAACGAAAGCUCCUCUACGCUACCAAGGCAUCUAUCCAAAAACGCUAUGAUACUCUUACUAAACGAUGUCAUCCAGAUAGCAAUACAUCCGGUAUUUCCACAAAGCGACUGCGCACCGAACCCGCUCCCUUAAUUGAUUCGUCAGCAGCCCUCGAAAAGCAUAAUUCUUUGCCCGAGUUUUCAGAGAAAGCUUCCUCGCCUCCUUUAAAAACACGUCCGUGGAAGGAAGUAUAUGCAGAGCGCUGUCGAAUUGAGUGUAAUUGGCGCCAUGGUCGAUGUCGUCAGGUUAUAAUAAAUGGACACAAUGAUGGAAUCAUGUGUUUGCAGCUUCAAAGGAAUGUUUUAGCUAGUGGAAGCUAUGAUGCGACUGUUCGCCUUUGGGACCUUACUACAUUUCGCCAAAUCGGUCUUUUAGAAGGUCACAGCGGUGGCGUUACCUGCUUACAAUUCGAUAAAUGUAAGCUAAUUAGUGGGUCAAUGGAUAAAACCAUUCGAAUUUGGAACUAUCGUACCGGCGAAUGUAUAUCUACUUUACACGGGCACACCGACACCGUUCUCUCCCUAUCUUUUGAUUCCACACUUUUAGUGUCGGGCAGUGCAGAUCAUACCGUAAAGCUAUGGCAUUUUACCGGAGGAAAACGUAUUACUUUAAGAGGUCAUACGGGGCCAGUGAAUUCUGUGCGUAUCCAUCGCGAGUUAGGUCUCGUUUUCUCCGCAUCGGAUGACUGUUCAAUUAAAGUGUGGUCUCUAGAAACAAAUAUGUGUUUAUACACUUUCAAUGCUCACAUAGGACCUGUCCAAAGCUUAGCGUUGACAGGCAAUCGGUUGUUCUCUUGUGCUUUAGAUGGUACAAUUAAACAAUGGGAUAUUGAAAAGUGGAAAUGUGUUCACACUUUGUUUGGUCAUAUAGAGGGCGUAUGGGAGAUUGCUUCGGAUCAACUACGUCUUGUCUCUGGUGCACAUGAUGGAGCAGUCAAAGUCUGGGAAGCUUGUCAAUGUGUUCAGACGCUGAGAAGUAAUUCUGGACCUGUGACUUCUGUGGCUUUGGGAGAUUGCGAGGUAAUAAGUGGCUCAGAGGAUGGAAAGAUUCAUCUAUGGUUAUUUAAUAACUUGAUCGAUGACGCUAACAGUUUUAAAAUAUGUCCAUCCACUAUUAAUAAUGCCAAUGAUUCCAUUGUGCGUAGUCCCACAGCAAUAAUCCAGACUGUGCCUGAUGAGCAUAAUGGUUACUCAAUAUCUGAAGUUCCCGCUGAUGUUGUUGGUUUUUAGCGUGAAUGAUUAAUUUGAAUAUCCAGAAGGCUGAGCUUAUGGAAAAAAAGAUCAUAUGUUAUGGUAUAUGUUUACUUUCUUUUGUUGCUUCGUGUGUGAUCUAUAAUUUGCAAACAUUUCAUUCCCAAAUGAUUAUGUUCCUAAUCUAUUCUAUAUAAUGUCGUUCAUUUGUUGCUUUAGACAUAAUUGUUUUACUUGCUUUUGCCAUUUUAAUGCUGUCUAUACUUUAUGUUGGUUGACUCUUCAACAUUCUAUUAUUUAUUUGGAAGAGUCGAUUAUGUUGUUUGUCAUUAUAAUUUUAUUUUAUUUCAUUUUCCUUUUUAUCUGUUUUGGUAAGCACGAGUCUGUAUUUUAAUUGCUUUUUUUAAUAAAAUCAUAGAAAUUUAGACCUAUAAAAGAAACACUGUAAGGUGC